AUGGUCAGGGGCAACAGGACCUUCCCGGGGGACUUCAUCCUGGCAGGGCUCUUUCCCCAGGCCGGCACAGCAGGGCUGCUGUUCAUUGUUAUCUGUGCAGUCUUCUUCACAGCCAUGCUGGCCAACGGCGUCAUGGUCUUCCUGAUCCACACGGACACCCAGCUGCACACGCCCAUGUACUUCCUCCUCAGCCACCUGUCGCUCAUCGACAUGAUGUACAUCUCCACCAUCGUGCCCAAAAUGUUGGUCAACUAUCUGCAGGGCCACGGCACCAUCUCCUUCGUGGGGUGCACCGCCCAGUUCUUCCUCUACAUGGGUUUUGUGGGCACCGAGUUUUUCCUGCUGGGCCUCAUGGCCUAUGACCGCUACGUGGCCAUCUGCAACCCGCUACGGUACCCGGUGCUCAUGAGCCGCCGCGUCUGCUGGCUCAUCCUGGCCAGCUCCUGGUCUGGUGGGGCCCUGGACAGCUUCCUCCUCACACCCCUGACCAUGAGGCUCCCAUUCUGUGCAUCACACAGGAUUAACCACUUCUUCUGUGAGGCACCCACCAUGCUGAGGCUGGCCUGCGGGAACAAAGCUGCCUAUGAGAGGGUCAUGUACGCCUGCUGCGUCACAAUGCUGCUGCUCCCCUUCUCCGUGGUGGUGGUGUCCUACGCCCAGAUCCUGGCCACCGUGCACCGGAUGAGGUCAGCAGAGGGAAAGAGGAAGGCUUUUGCCACCUGUGCCUCACACAUGGUGGUGGUGACACUGUUCUACGGGGCCGCCCUGUACACCUACAUGCUGCCCCCAUCUUACCACACUCCGGCCCAGGACAAGGUCUUCUCUGCCUUCUACACCAUCCUCACCCCCUUGUUAAACCCACUCAUCUACAGUCUGCGCAACAGGGACGUGGCAGGGGCCUGGAAGAGAGUCUUGGCAAGACGUCGAGGGGUAUGUGGUGUCUCCAAGAAGGAAUUCUAG